AUGCACAUGGAAAAACCCUCAGAUUCUACCAAAAAACCGAACGAGCAGGAGGAAGCUCAAAGAGAGAAUGAAAUGAAAGAGCGGCGUCGUCUCCAGAAUCGAAUAGCUCAAAGGAAUCACAGGAGGAGAAAGCACAACAGAAAUAAAAGCCUUUCUCAAGAAAUUCCAGAAGAGGUUGACACCCAAGAGCCUCUUAACCAUGUUUUUGGCGGUUAUAUACAACAAGCUCCAGAAAGCUCCUUGCUGAACUCACCGAGCUCUGUUACCCCUGGCCAUGUGGCUGACGCCCAAGAAAACUUAUAUGCAUAUCUAUCACCACCAAACAGUUUAAGCCCAGAGAUCUUGCUUGAUAAGCCAGGACGCCUCCACGAAGCCAACGAUGGCCAUUGCGUACCUAUUGCUCCUGAGAGCCUGUUCGAUAGCGAGCCUUUUGAAGGACCAAGAAUGAAUUUAAACACAGAGUCCUGGGAUACGCAUUCCUUAAACCCCUUUAUAGUUCCCCGUAGGGGUGCUCAAUUACCCUUGGGGAAUGGGUUUGACACCGUGAGCAAUCUCGAUCAACCAAUGGGGAUUUAUUUACAGCCAGAUCUUGGAUCAGUUGAACCGUCUAUACAGAAGAUGCAAAUUUCAACACCUGAAGGGCACCCCGGUUCCCUACGACAAUCAUCUGCGGGGGAUCUAGGAGUUCCCGGCUUAUAUAUAAAAGCUAGAACAUGCCCCAACAUUGUUGAUCGAAGUAUACAAUUUCCCGAUAGUUCCUUAAUAAUGCCACUCCACGCAGAUCAUGGAAGCAAGUUAGACGGCAAGGUUGCACUUCAUUUAUCAGCGGAACGUGGCCAUACUGGUACUGUGAAGUGCCUGCUUGAAUAUGGAUCCGAUAUCAAAAUCAAAGAUAAUUCAGGAGCUACGGCUUUACACUAUGCUGCAAAAAUGGGGCACACAAAUAUCGUAAUGGUCCUUCUGGAUAACGGAGCUGAUGGAAAUAUCAAAGACUAUCACGGACGAACACCAUUGCAUAUGGCGGCAGAAAGAGGACAUGAGGAUGCAGUUCGUCUACUAGUAGAGUCGGGUGUUGACAUUGAUGCUUGA